GACCCAGGGUCUUCUAUUAUGUUUCAGCGGAAAAAUUUUUUAGGGGGUCUUGUAUUGUGAUUCUCGUAUUUUUGCGAUUUUUGCGAAACUCACGAGUAUUUUCGAAGAAUUUAGUGAAUGCAAGUUUAAGUUGAGGCUUUACGACUCCUCAAUUCUUAUCAUAGUAACUAGAUGUUCGAAAAAAUAUCACUGUAUAUCUUCCAACAGCAGCAAACAAUAUGGAGUAAUUAAUACCAGCGGCUAUAUUAUUUUAAAAUUUUGUAAUUUCUAGUUUCUGUUCUAAAUACUAUACGUUUUGUAAAACUUACAUAUAUUUUCGAAGGAAUUAAUAGUGAUCAUCACGAUCGAGAUAAUUGCGUUGCGAUGAAGAAAUAUUUGAUUGCACAGAAAAGACAACAAGAAAAAAAUAAUACAACCCAAUCAUUAAAUGUUUCGAACGAAUCAUAUUCACCAUUAUCAUCAUCUCAAAUUACUAUUUCCAACGAAUCUUCAGAUACUCUUGUAAAAAAAUACUCACGAAUCCAUAAGAAAAAAAAUGUUAAUCAACCCAAUAAACAUUCAACAAUGAUAACUUCAACGUUAAUAUCUAAUGAAUCUGAUCCUUAUGAAGAAGAUGAUGAAGCCACAAGUGGUAGUGUUGAAUAUUCAUUAUCUUCAAGUACAAAACCAAAUGAAAUAGUAAAAAUGAACACAAUCACGAACAAUAUAACCGAAUCAUCUUCAACACUUAUGGAAAAUAAUGAAGAUAAUCCUU